AUGGAACAGAGAACGUCGAUUCAGGUCAAAUCUUUGGACUUCGGAAAUAUGGUCAACUUCACUAUCGUCAAUGACAACCUGCAAGUCGCAAUCGACGUGUCCGGCAAUGGCAAACUACCAUGGCCGGCAUCAACCGAGCCCGACUCAUCUACCCAGUUUCACGACAUCACACUUUUCUUAACCUCUGGGUCUCAUAACUUCACCAUCUCCAACGGCACAAAGCCCGCAUCCAACACAAGCUAUGUCGGUCCCGUCUUGGACCUCGAGCCUUCAUCCACCGUCAAACAUGUGAAUUGGAUUUGGCCCGAAUGUCUCGUGGGAGAUGGCUCCGGUUCAAAAGACUCGGCACGUGGGGCAUACAACAUCUCCAUGCACCAAUCUUUCCGUUGGAAUGGAACCGACUAUUAUACCGUCUUUGACCUGCCAAUCUCUGUCACCAACAGUAUACCCAAGGAUGACGACCGGGUCGACUGCGAUCUGCUAGAAAACAAGCUUCUUAGCGCGGCGGAGAUCGGCGAGAGCUCGGAUACGCUGCCUGGGCAGCCGUGGGUUGAAGGUGGAGCGAGCACGACGGUAUCGAGUCCCGAUGCGACUCAGACGGGAACGGGUAGUCGGUCUCAUUUAGGCUUCAAAAGAGUAGCUGUCCUCCGGUACCGCAUCGUCCGAGCUCUAAUUAUAAUAUUCGCAAUAUGGAAUCUGGCAGAAAUACAUCUGAUUCAUCACCGAAUUUACAAAGCUGAUUACACAGCCCUCCGACGUCGGCCGCAAAAGCAAGAACGAAUAUACAUUGCAAGCAUCAAUUGGAACAAUGAGCUCAUCUUACGCAGUCACUGGAGCAAGGCACUCAAGCUGCUGGUCUUGAAACUUGGUCCUGAAAAUGUGUUCAUCAGCAUCUACGAGAGUGGGAGCUAUGAUAACACGAAAGGUGCAUUGAGAGAACUGGAUUGGGAGCUUGAGCGAAUGCGAGUGCCCCGAAAUAUCACUUUAUCGCCUGUAACACAUGAAGAUGAAAUCGCCGCACCAGCAAGGGGUGAAGGCUGGAUUCGCACUCCUGAUGGGAAGAAACAACUCAGAAGGAUCCCAUAUCUAGCGCGAAUACGGAACUUGAGCUUGCAGCCUCUACGAGAUCUUGCAAGCAAGGGUAUCACUUUUGACAAAAUCCUGUUUCUGAAUGACGUUGUGUUCACGCCGAACGACGUUCUCCGACUUCUAGACACCAAUGACGGCGAGUAUGGUGCUGCUUGCUCGUUGGAUUUCUCUAAGCCUCCGAGUUUCUAUGAUACUUUUGCUCUCCGAGAUAGCAAUGGCCAUGAACCCAUCAUGCAGACAUGGCCCUAUUUCACUUCGGCGGCAUCGCGACAAGGAAUGAGAGAUAUGUCUGCUGUUCCUGUCGCAAGUUGUUGGAAUGGAAUGGUGGCGAUGCCUGCAAGUCCAUUCAUUGCUAAAUCCCCACUUCGCUUCCGAGGAAUCCCCGACUCACUAGCAAGCUAUCAUCUUGAAGGCUCCGAGUGUUGUCUCAUCCAUAUAGACAACCCAUUAUCAGUAGAAAAGGGUGUUUAUUUGAACCCUUUGGUGAGGGUUGGGUACAGCGGUGCCGCAAAUGCAGCUGUUCAUCCGAUGAUGAAUUGGCUCUCUACGGGGCGGAUUCUCCGUGGGCUGUGGGUCAAUCGACUGCGCCGCUUCGGUAUCAGUACAUGGUUGAAAGAAAAAGUAGUUCGAAUGCGGGUAGAUAGAUGGAGAGCUUUGAGUGCUGGAAAUGAAGAGUAUGGGGAAAUUUGCAUUAUCAAUGAGAUGCAAAUCCUGCAUCGAUAUGGGUGGGCACAUGUGUAG